AUGAAGGGUGUACCUCAGGACUUGCUGAGAGGGUUUGGGUUGCUAUUCUUUGCCCAAACAGUACUUUCUAUGGUGAUCCCUAACUCUACUCACCUGGAGGCCAUACUGGAGAAGUAUAUGAACAAAGAUGAUGAGUGGUGGGUGUCCAAACAGAGAGGGAAGAGAGCCAUCACUGACGGUGAUAUGCACCUCAUCCUCGAUUUGCACAACAAGCUCAGAGGUCAAGUUUAUCCACAAGCUUCAAAUAUGGAGUAUAUGGUUUGGGAUACGGAGCUGGAGAGGAGUGCUGAACACUGGGCACACACCUGCAUGUGGGAGCAUGGACCACAACACAUGCUAACCCAGAUUGGACAGAACCUGGGUGCCCACUGGGGAAGAGACCGACCACCAACAUUUCACGUCCAAGCCUGGUAUGAUGAAGUGAGAGACUACAGCUAUCCCUAUCCACAGGAAUGUAACCCACACUGCCCUUUCAGAUGCUCUGGUCCCGUCUGCACUCACUACACACAGAUGGUUUGGGCAACAAGCAGCCAUAUUGGAUGUGCUAUCAAUGUGUGCUACAAUAUGAAUGUGUGGGGCAUGAUUUGGACUAAAGCUGUGUACUUGGUUUGCAACUACUCACCGCCGGGAAACUGGUGGGGGCAUGCCCCAUACAAACAUGGCAGCCCGUGCUCUGCCUGUCCGCCCAGCUACGGUGGAGGCUGUAGGGACAAUCUCUGCUACAAAGAGAACGGAGUACAGAGACGUCCUGCCCCUGAACUAGAAGAGACAAAUUACAUCGAGCCGGAGUCACAGCCAGAACCGAGGGCCCAAGAGCCUCGGGCGAGACCACUGCCCCCAACACCAUCAUCCAAUGACAACGUGGAGAGGAAUGAGGUGGUCAGCACAGUGCAAAUGUGUCAACAGAUGGACUGUGAGACCAAGCUGCGUGAUCGUUGUAAAGGAACCACUUGUAAUAGGUACGAGUGUCCUCCUGGAUGCUUGUCUAGCCCAGGGAAAGUAGUAGGGACUGGGUAUUAUGAUAUGAAAUCCAGUAUAUGUCGAGCAGCCAUCCAUGCUGGUGUCAUUCAGAAUGACUCAGGAGGCUACCUGGAUGUGCAGCCUGUGGACAAGAGGAGACAGUACAGCGGUAGCUAUCAGAACAGAAUCUCUUCAGAAAGCCUACAGAAUCCCUCAGGUGGCAAAGCAUUCAGAGUAUUUGCAGUCAUUUGA